AUGGCAGAGGAGGUCAAGAACGCCCGUAUGAACGUGCCAAGGGCCCUGAUGAUGAGCGUGACCAUCAACGGUGUUCUCGGCAUGGCAAUGGCGAUUGCUAUCCUGUUCACACUAGGAAGUCUGGACGACAUCGCAAGCAUCACUUCUGCAGCUGUGUCCGGCAGUCCUCUGGUCGACUACUUUUACUUUGUGCUGGACGACAGAGGCUUUGCGACAGGUCUCACUUCACUGCUAGUAGCUAUGUUCAUUUUCGCUACGGUUGCAGUGUUGGCUUCGACAUCGAGAGUGACAUGGGCUUUUGCACGUGACAAUGGUCUCCCUGGUUCGACCUGGAUCAAGAAAGUACAUCAGGGAACACAUCUGCCAUUGUGGUCUAUCGCCUUGUCCGCAGUGAUUUCUCUCCUCCUCAGUCUUAUCAACAUUGGCUCAGCAGUAGCAUUCAAUGCCAUCGUUUCACUCACAAUCGCAUGCUACUGGGGCUCAUACGCGAUCCCGAUCGCCCUCCUUGCAUGGCGGAGAGCUACAAACCAGCCACUGAAGAUGGGUCCUUGGAAUCUCGGUAGGGCUGGUCUGCCCAUCAACAUUGUAGCAAUCGUCUGGCUUGCUGUAACUUGGGUGUUCACCUUCUUCCCAAUCGCGAUUCCUGUGACUCCAGCCUCGAUGAAUUGGGCUUCGACACUAUGGAGUGGAUGCAUGAUUUUGGGCCUGGGAUGGUAUUUUAUUCGACAGCACAAGCACUUCACUGGUCCUAUUGUGCAGGUUGGUACGAUGAAUCUGUGA